GCCGUUGACGCUUUAGCAAGGCUUAAAGUGUCAUGGAAUAAGUAUCUUUUUGAAAAUGUUCUCUCAAGGUUUUUGGUUACACUUCCCGAUGAAUACCCAAGUGUUAGUCCAACAAAAUUCUACAACUUCUGGCCAAUAUUUUCAGUACAGGUUUCAAGUAGUACUGUAGAAUUUUGUAAGGAGCUUCUGGAAAACGAUGUUGAAAAUCUUAAUGCUGAUGAUAAAGUCUUCCUUGGUCCACCGGCGUCUUAUUUUCCCGGAAACAUGGAUGGCUUGAUUCAAUCAAACAGCAAUGGUUAUGUGAAAAAAACCACCGAAUUACAAUUCUUAUCAAUAGCCAAUGGAUAUUUUUCACCCGGCCCUGAGUUAGAUAGAACUUCCGAGAUACUCAGGAAAAUCGGGUUUCCUGUAAUUAUUGAUAUUAAUCCCACGGUUGGAAAAAUCGAGGCACAGUGGAAGGAUUUGUCUCGCGAAGAAAUUUUAAACCUAUUCUGUUAUGUACUUCAGGAUAAAGAUACUGAAGGAUUGGAAGGACUUCAGAUGAUACCACUGGCUGAUGAAACGUUGGAAACUAUCUCAGAAGUUGAAGAAGAUGUU